AUGAUUGCGGCCGCGGUAGCAGAAAAACACACACACAAAACAAAUGCCCGUUGGUCUCAUUGCAGAGUACUCAUCCUGCUCUGUCUAAUCAGGUUGAUCAGUUGCUGCCUGACGGCGCUGCUUGACAUACUUUCAUUGAGGGAAUACGUAGUAUUCGAUAAUAGGCCGGGCGAGUUUAUGGACUUUCCCGAUGAUAAGAGGUUCUGGGGUUGUUGUGCAAAUGAAAUCUAG